ACACACAUGCUUUAAUUUAUGACUGCCUGUUAUCAUGACGGACAUACAUACAUCUAUUUUGAUGAGCGCCUCCAGUUUGCUAUAGGGAAAGUUUGCUGCUAGAAGUGCUUCCAAUUAUCUGUCGGGGUUUGCGUCACACUGUCCACGCAUAAGCUCUGGAAACCUGACCGUAUAUAUUCAUUGUGAAGUCAGCUACCGUGAACAUUGGACUGUCCAUUCGCUGUGAACUGUCCAUUCGCUGCUUUCAAUAUAUUUCGGUGUACAGCCUUGAAGUGUUGUGACCUUGUCGAGCGUCAGUACGAAGGAUGGCCUGCAGUGAGGAAAAAUUGACGGACAUAUUCCAAAAGGCCGAAACUAGUGGAGAUGGGGUAGUAACGCCUGUGGAACUCAAAAAGUUAAUCCAGAAUGAAUUUGGGAAUGACAUAAGCAACGAGGAUCUUGUGGCUAUGUUCUGUGCCCUUGACAGAAAUGGAGAUGGCGUUAUCACCUUGGAGGAGUUCUUGAAAGAAAUGUCCAAGAAAGACCGAAGGACAGCGUUUUCAGAGAAGUUUAAAGAACUUGACAAGGAAGGUUGCGGGAAACUAUCCAAAGAUGUGAUCUGUCAGAUGCUGAAGGAGGAAAACUUUGACGACGACCAAAUCAAUGAAAUGUUUAGUCAUGUGGAUACCAAUGAUGACGGCGUUAUCUCUCGCGAGGAAUUUAUGGCCAUGGUGUGACGUCACUAACUACAAUCUGCCAAGGUGUACAAUAAUUCUUAUAAGGUAGAUUCUUAAAAGAGUAGUAUGUAGCUUUUAAUGACACAUAGUGAUCUCAAAUAUCCAACAUAUACACUGAAAACGUCACCAUUGUGUAAGAAUAUCGACGUAAACAUCAUUCCUGGAACAUAGACCGAGUACCAGUCGUGUUGUCGUAAUUUUGUCCUUGACUAAGAUGGGUAACCCGUAUUGCACUGAAGGGACGGACCUCCCAUAUGUUGUUCAGGAAGGUGGCUUAUAGCUACUGCCUCAAAUAUUUAUCAAGCUGUUCAAGGGGAGAUAAACCAAACAAACACACAUAAAGAUGCCUUUGCCAAUUACUUCUUUAUCAUUGUCUGAAGACUUUGGUUCUUGUAUAACAGACAAAAAAUAUGUAUAUUUUUAUAGAAUAUUUAUAUAUAUGACGCAUUCCAUUAGUCCUUAGUUAUCGA